AUGUCCGGCCCUGAUGUAGUCACCGUGGGCUUCAAGGACGCGACCACGCACCCUUCACGAGGUGGACAAUCGAUAUGCGUGUCCGGCUCAAUCACUGUGAACGCAGCAACGGGGCAUAAUGCUAAACUACCUCAUUCUGCCGUUCCCGGAGACCAGACUGCUCUGACGGCUUUCAUUGUGUCGGCAAGCAUCCAUGCUGGGUCAGCAAAGCCUGCACCAGAGUUCGAAACAGUGCAACAAGACUUCAUUAUCGCUGCAACCCUCUGUGUGCCAGCAGAUGCCGCAAGAGCUGGGAAACCUCCUUCAAUCGUACAACUGUUGACCCAUGGCGUCGGCUUCGACCGAUUCUAUUGGGACUUUGCGCCAGGAUAUAGCUAUGUCGACGCUGCGACUACACAGGCCAACCAUGCGGUGUUCUUUUACGAUCGUCUGGGCGUCGGUGAUAGUCAGCAUCCCGACUCUCUUACCGUGCAAGCUCCAAUCCAGCUCGAGCUAGCACACUCCCUUGUCAACCUCCUCCGCAACGGCACUUUCUCGUCUAAGCCCUUCUCAAAGGUCAUUGGAGUUGGUCAUUCGUUUGGAUCGUCGCUUACCCACUCCCUCAACAUCGACUACCCCAGCCUUCUUGACGCAGCCAUCCUCACAGGCUUCAGCACAAAUGCUACAGCAAGCUCAGGUCUUGCUUUCGCAUUUGCGAGCGACACCACGAUCGCUGCUUUCGCAGACCCCAGGCGAUUUGCCGGGCUCGAAAAUGGCUAUACCUGCCCCCAGACCGAUCAAGGCAUGCAGCUCGACUUCUUCGCGCCCAAUGUGAGCGGUUUCGACCCCGCUAUCGUUGCUCAGGCGGACGCACAGAAAGGGACACAGACAAUCGGAGAGAUGUUGAGCCCGCCCGCCACUCCUAACGGCACUCUCGUUGCUGCGAAUUGGACAAAGCCGAUUGCCGUAAUCAAUGGCGAAAACGACUUCCCGUUCUGCAUGGGAAACUGCAGUCAUCCUACCGACCAGUCGGCCUUGGUCCAAACUAUGUAUUACCCGUCGCUUUCGCCAAAGAACUCCGGGUCUUAUCUAGCACCGAACGCAGGACAUGGUCUGAACUUGCACUUCUCCGCAGCUGCUGCAUACCAGUACAUCCAGAGCUUUCUACUGGAUCAAGGGUUUUAG